AUGGCAACAGAUGUGGCUGCGGCGACCACCUCUCCUCGAAAGGCAGUGAGCGCGCCUGAAAAGAAGUAUAAAUGCCAGUAUUGCAAUCGCGCAUUCAGUCGAAGCGAACAUAGGAGCAGGCACGAGCGAAGUCAUACCAAGGAGAGACCAUUCAAAUGCCAGAAAUGCCGGUCGACCUUUGUACGGCGCGACCUGCUCCUACGGCACGAUCGAACUGUUCACGCCAAAGACAACCUGGGCGAGCCUCUUCAACCCGAGAGCCGUAAGAAGAACCAGAACAAGCAACAGCCCUCAACGGCUUCGUCUACUGCAGCAGCGGUUUCGUCAAAGCCGACCAUAUCCAUUGAUCAGGGCACGUUGGAGCAGAUAGAGGCCAGCAGCGAUGGUAUGCUUGACCUUGAAACUGCUGCCAUGUUGAUGACAGACUUCCAACACAAAGCGGCAGCAGCAGCGGCGGCGAACAGCCACCUUCACAACGCCGAAGGCUCCCUCCCCGACUUCUCGCCUGAUCGAAGCUCCGUCCUCGAAACCUCAGACUUCCUCUCCGGCGCUUCCUCGAUUCCUCAUCUAACCUGGGACGCUUUUAUGCCCACAAAUCCAGCACAGCAAAAAGCUCACUCACUCAUCUCCGACGUAUCUUCCCAGGACAAUCUCUCCCAACAGCCGUCGUUCGGCAACAUAGGCUCCUUUCAGACGAAUCAGACAACAUUGCCAGCCAUUAUGGAAAGACAAAACUCCAUAGGCACUUCGACAGCACAGAAUUUUCCGACCUUAGCUGACACUUUUCCAGUCUCGGGCUCGCCAACACCAAACGGCUUGUCACCCUUUCCUUCCAUGACCGGGCCUGUAUCACCUGUCAACUAUCGACGUUCUCCCGGACCAAGCCAGGCAUUGACACUUCCGAGAGCUCCUCAGAUGUCGACCGAGGCUGAAAGAGAGAAAAUCGCUAAUUAUAUAGGCAGUGAUUUGCCCCUGCCGAACCUUGCUUAUAUCAACCUUUACCUAUCGACUUACUUCAAUCUAUUCCAUCACCAUCUGCCCUUCCUGCAUCCGACUUCUUUCAGACCUGGCAAGACGGAGCCUGCCCUACUUCUAGCAGUCUUGUCGAUUGGAUCGCUCUACAACUUCGACACAGAGCAAGCAUACCGGUUACACAAUGGCUCGAAGAAGCUCGUAAAUCAGUUUCUCCAAAACAAGGAGAACUUUGAUUCCAGGAAAUGUCCUUUAUGGACAAUGCAAAGCACUUUGCUGAACAUGUUGUUUGAAAGCUGGAGCGGAGGCGCGACCGGGCUCGAAUGGGCAUGUUCGAUCAAGAGCCUACUGGCCAAUAUGGUUGCCGGAAAUAAAUACGAACUCAAACUACGUACAGAAGGAAGAGGCCAUGCCGCUCCCACCCACGCUCAGUGGAUUAACGAAGAAGGGUCUAGAAGAACAUAUUUCGCAGUCUAUCUGUUCUUCGGUAUGCUGACCAUGACCUACAACCAUACGCCCGCCAUCAGUUUCAACGAAUUCGAGGCUCUACCAUUGCCAUCAACAGAGAGCUUGUGGAACCUGGACCCGGACAGUGAAGACGCAUGGCAAGAGACUUAUGCCUCCUCCUUGAUUGUGACAGUAAAGGAAGCCCACGAUAGUUUGUUCCAGGGCGAGACCUGCCGCUACAGCGCCUUCGCAACUCGGGUCAUGAUAAAUGCACUCUACUUGGAAGUGUGGAAUUUACGUCGAAGCUUUGAGUCGUUGCAAGACGUCGUUCUCGAAUGGAAGAUACGAAUUGCUCUGGAAACCUGGGAACGGUCGCUGGAUCUAUGUGAGCCGGAGACGGUAGUAGUGCCGCUGACUACUCCGCACAAAAGUCAUCCCUUGAUUUUCAACGCAAUGGCUGUUUACAGAAACACGAGAGCAUUCCUAGAGGUGGACCUAAAAGACGUUCAAGAAGCACUUCGCUACCACAAUGCUUAUGAGAUCGCAGCAGCCAUGACCAAUGCACGAGAAAGCGUCAAGCGCACUAAAGAAAUGGUCAAGGUCAUCGAGCAGUGCUACGAAUGCAUGGAGAUCGUGGCCAUGCAAGGCAUAAACUGGGUCACCAAAACUUCCGCUACAAAUUGGAGCAUCGAACAUCCUCUUUGUGGGCUAGAACUCAUCACCAUACUGAGCUUGUGGCUCUACCGCAUUGAACACGAUGACAUAGAGGCAACUGAUGAAGAGAUGCAGAUGUAUAUCAAAGUCAGAGGCCUGUUCGAUGAUGACGCUGUCGACGCCAACGGUUCGCGGCUGAGCUCUACUGUAGCUCGAGUCUGGGGCACUAUGUUGGACGGAGGCGUUGUUGUUUUCGGCAUUGCCAAGACCUUAGGAGAAUCCUUUAAGUUGCACUCGCAAGCACUUGUCGGAUACAUGGACGAAAUCAAUCCUGAUUUGAUGCCAGACAUGGCACAAAUGACUGCCCAGCCAAUGAUGGAGGUUGGGACAGCGUAUUGA